AUGGUUGGCUGUUUCGCAUUCCUCAAGCCCUCGCGCGGCAAGGCACACAGCAAGUGCGACUGCAAGAACACCUCUCGCUCGGAACAUGCCUCCUCUACCGUCGCUCCCGUUGCUCCUAUUGCCGAAAAGAGUCCGCUCUCGGCAUCCAUGUACUACGAUGCGUGCAACCCUCCGCCCUUCGAUGCUGGUGCGCAGCACCGAUGCUGUGGCGGCUUCGCCAAUGGUGCACACACCCACUUGCCUACCUACGGCGAUUCGCAGAAGCACGCACACCACUCUGUGCGCCUCACGGACGGCGCUCCUGCCGACUUGAAGCUGAGCGCCGUGAUGCAGGAUGUAGCCAACAACAUCGAGUCGGAGAUUGCUCAGCUCGAUUCGGAGCUGCGCGAGCUGUCGAUCGACAUGCACGACCAUCCGGAGAUCAUGUGGGAGGAGCACAGAACGCACUACCUUUUCGUCAAGUACCUCCGCGGCAAGAAGGGAUGGAAGGUGACACCCCACGCCUAUGGGAUUGAGACGGCGUUUUCCGCCGUAUUUUCGCACAAGGCGGACAAGGAGUCGCGCGUGGUCGGGUUUCAGUCCGAGCUCGAUGCGCUGCCUGGCAUCGGUCAUGCGUGCGGGCACAAUCUGAUCGCGAUGUCGGGUGUUGCUGCCGCGCUGUCCGUCGCUGCUACGCUCGUCGCGAAGGAUAUUCCAGGCACGGUGGUGCUGCUGGGCACGCCUGCGGAGGAGGGCGGCGGAGGCAAGAUCAAGCUCGAAGACCAGGGCGCGUACAAGGACAUGGACGCCUGUCUCAUGGUGCACCCAGCUGCCGCCUCCGGCACAGGCCCGAUGCUGGCUGUCCAGCCCGUCGUUAUCACGUACAAAGGCCGGACCGCGCACUCGGGAGCCUCGCCCUGGGAGGGCAUCAACGCGCUCGACGCCGCCGUGCUGGCGUACAACAACAUCUCGGUUCUCCGCCAGCAGAUUCAUCCGGACGAACGCGUCCACGGCAUCAUUAAGGGCAACAACUGGGCGCCCAACGUCGUCCCCGGCGAGUCCACGCUCAUCUACAAUGUGCGUGCCCCUACUAUCGCGGCGCUGAAGGCACUUACCGCGCGCGUGCAGAAGUGCUUCGAAGCCGCCGCACUCGCCACGGGCUGCUCGGCCGAGUACGACUGGCAGACGGCGUAUGCCGACGUGCACAACACCCCUACCUUGUCCGCGAUGUAUGCAGGCGUUCUCAAGCAGAGGUAUGGACUGGACGUGCCCGACGACCCGUUUUUCGCGAGUACGGAUUUCGGCAACGUAACGUAUGCGCUGCCGAGCCUGCAUGCGGCAUACAAAAUCCACCUGGACGACCCGUCGACGCAGGGUAACCAUACCGUUGGGUUUGCGGAUGCCGCUAGGACCGAGGAGGCGCACGAGAGGACCAAGGAAGCCGCGCUCGGUAUCGCCGUUGCUGCCGCGAGGGUGCUGGUCGAGAAGGAGUACCGCGACGAGAUCUGGGCCGAUUGGCAGACGUGGCGCAAGGGCGCCGACGGGCCUUAA